AAUAGUAGUGCGAAAGAAAAUAAUAAUAAGAUUGUAUUGCUAUGGGUUAGCAUCAUUUGCGUUGAACUUCAUCGUAAUUUUAUUUAUUGAUAUUCUAAAUUUUGACGUGUUCAGCAAAUAUUUUUGGUUUGUAUCGAACCAAUUAAUUUGUAACUAUGAGCGAUGAAGAAAUUGUUUUAACAUUACCUGACACGCAAGACGCAAAUUCGGUAUGUUUAACUCAAUCUCAAGAGGUAUCACUGUCGCAAGACAGAACCAUGACUGUAUGGGGAAGACUAUGUCCUAUUAAAUUACCAUUCAAAUCUUUGGAAAUGAUCAAGAAUUGUUAUACACUUGGUCGGUCAGAAAGCUGUGAUAUUUGGGUGACUAACAAGGAAUUAAAACCAAAAUGGCUUAGUGUAAUGAGUAAAGUACACUUUAAAAUAACCAGGGAAUUUAUUAAUGGUAAUACUAAGGAUAUGGUUAUAUACUUGGAAGAUUUAAGCCAGAAUGGUACUUUUGUUAAUAAACAAAGAGUAGGCCGUGGGAAUAAAGUUGUACUUGAAAGUAAUGAUGUUAUAUCUUUAGCACAACCAAUGGUCACUGUGUAUGUAUUUAUGAGUACUGUUGCAUUUGAAAGCAAUGACUUGCCUCCAGAGCUCAAAAGCAGGUAUGCUGUGUCGCGUAAAUUAGGGUCUGGAGCAUGUGGAGAAGUGAAAUUGGUCUUUUCUAAAGUUGGUUGUAAAAAAUUUGCUAUGAAAACUGUUUUAAAAAUGAGUACCACAACAAAUGGACAAAGACAUCCAUUAAAUGAUCCAGACAAAAUUAUGAAUGAAGUGAAAAUAUUAAAAGCGCUGAAACAUCCUUGUAUAAUUCGAAUGGAAGAAAUAGUAGAUAGUCCAAGGGCAGUGUAUAUAGUUCUAGAAUUAAUGGAGGGUGGUGAGCUAUUUGAGCGCAUUAAAAGUAGGGGGAAGCUGUCAGAAAAAUCUGCAAAAUUAAUUUUUUAUCAAGUUGUACUUGCUGUUAGUUAUCUUCAUGACUCUGGUAUAACUCAUAGGGAUUUGAAGCCAGAAAAUAUAUUGUUAGCUAGCGAUACAGAUGUCACAUUAGCUAAAGUCUCAGAUUUUGGGUUGUCAAAGUUAGUUGAUGCACAAACUAUGAUGAAAACCUUUUGUGGUACACCUAUGUACGUUGCACCAGAAAUAUUAUGUAAUAUUGGACGUGGUUCUUAUACGAAUCAAGUAGAUGUAUGGAGUCUUGGAGUAAUAUUGUAUGCUUGUUUAAGUGGUUCAGUCCCCUUUAAUUGUCAAGACCGUGAAAUAAGCUUGCAGGAGCAAAUAAAGAGGGGAUGUUAUAAAUUUCCUGCUUCCAAAUUUGGUCAUGUUACAAACAAAGCUAUAGAUUUGAUCAAACGUAUGAUGACCGUGAAUCCACAAAAGAGGAUCACUAUAAAGCAAGUUUUGUUGCAUCCAUGGUUGCAGGAUCGUGAUCUCAGAGAUACCGCUGAUAUGCUAUUAUCCAAAGAAAAUGAUGAAAACGUAGUGCCUAUAAGUAUUUCCAGUAAUUAUCGACACAAGAAUGAGCAAUAUCCUAGUUUGAUAAAACGAGCCCGAAUGGAAGUUUGAGUACAAAUAUGUAGAAUUAAACGAUUAUCUGUUAAAAGUCGGUUAUAUUUGAGAAGUGAUUUCGAAAGAAAAAUCACGAAGCUGUUGCAACGAACGACUUGUAAUCUAUUUGUUAUA